AUGUGUCUCUCUCUUGAAAACAUGGAACCCACGCCAGAGGCCACUGGCUUGAUGGAAGAGGGUGGUAUGCCUUCUGUGUUCUUGCACCUGGACCGGGACCCUGACUCCCAUUUUCAUCGUGCACUCCCAGCCCUUCUGUCCAGAAAGAGGUUUAAGUAUCACAUCGACCUGAAAGCAUUCGAUGACCAAGGAUUAGAUGUUCCGUGCGAGGCAAUGGAGUUGUUCUUCAGAGAAGGGGUGGCUGUAAUUGGCACCGCUUCCUUGCAUUUGUAUGUACACAAUCCCUCGACAUCAUUCAUGGGUGACAAAUGGGCUCUGUGGAUGGACAGCAUGCGUGCAUGUAAUACACUGAGAGGUGAAAUUCACUUGUUCCAACUACAUUGGACGGCUCUGCAGAUGGCUGGCCAGACUAAUCUGCUUCGUGAAGAACUGAUUAACCUUCCUUCAGGUUCCAAAAAACGACCUGCAGAAGAAGAGAGUCCGGAGCUGCUCCCCAAACGUCAUCCAUUCUUCACCAGCCACAUGGCCAAAAAAGAGGCAGCCUUGGAUGGCACCCUGAAGGACAAUGUGACUUUGAACGGAGUGAAAGGAAAGGCAGUGGUUGAAGUGUUGUACAUGGGUGGGGUGGGGUGGAGGAUACGCAUGGGGAUGGAGGGGAAAUGUGCAUCAAUUUUCCUCAUUACGUUGCUCUGGGGUUGA